UUUUUUUUGUUCUGCCUCAGUGAUAGCAGCAACAGCAGUAACAACAACACAAACACAUUCGCUACACAUAUCACAACUCAUAACGCACGCACGCACAAUGUCUUUACGAAGCAAGGUCACCUUGCUUUGCGUAUUGUGCAUACUCUAUCUGUUUGUGUUUACGCUCCCUUCUUUGCAUUCAUCCCAAACCAUAAAGGAAUCAGUAGAGCCAUCCUGGCGAUGGCAGUUUGACGACGACACCUAUGAUGCCUUCUCAGCAUCUCGACCUGCACCACCGUACCGCUCCCCUCCUCCACCAUCCGAUAUUAGCAACCCCAUUGAAAGCAGCAUCGUUACCUCCAUCACGUCCAACAGCUAUUACACCGACAAUAAUGAUAAUAAUAAUAAUAAUAAUUACAACGAACAACAAGACCCUGAACGAUCCUUCACAACCACCACUCCUCCUACCACUACUCUUGAUCCCAACGAAAAGUUCAUCACAUUUUUCACGCAUAGCGGUUUUCAGAAUCAGUUAAUUCAAGUUGAAAACGGGAUUCUAUUGGCAUGGUAUUUAAAUCGUACACUCAUUUUGCCACGCGCAUUACUGGGAGAGGCGUUUGGUUGGAGCUAUUUUGGUAAACUUCACUUGGAGCACACGUUGCACGACCCAUACCAUGAUGAAAGCAUGCCUGCCAAAGACUCUUGCGAGUUUUACGCGGAGGAGUUGGCUUUCUGGGAUAUCGAGUGUCCAGACCCUACGCGUUAUGCCACGAUGCCAUUCGACGAGAUAUUUGACCUGUCAUGGGCAAAGCAGCACGUCCGGAUUGUAUUGCGCGAACGGUCUGAUUUCGAAUGGCUUGAUGAAAAGUACGGGAUCAAGCGUGGUGGCGACGACGUUCCUGAAUUGAGCAACGGCUCUUACGUCGAUGGCGAUAUCUUGUUUUUCAAAGGCGAGACCCGAUAUGACUGGCGGAUAUUCGAUACUCCUCGCAAAUCGCACCGACUAGGCAAAUACGCCGAAGGAUUGGACAUUUAUCAACUACGCAAACGAAAGGAAAGGCUGAUCCAUUUCUCGAGCUUAUUCGGCACCGGCAAACUACCCAUUCGACGACCCGAGCACUAUACAUUCCUGCACACACUCCAACGGAGCAUUAUCUAUCGACAUCCUACCGUUUUAAGCGUGGCAGACAAGAUUGUGAACGCUUUGGGCGGUCCUGGGAAUUUCAUUGGCUUGCAUGUCAGAUCAAGUGAUGGCUGGUUCGUCAAGGCAUUACCAGAGAACAUCUACAACAUUGAACAAGGGCAAGGACUGCUGCUGCAAGGCACACAACAGAAGCCUGACCUGCAGCAAUGUUUGGAUCUUGCCAAAGUGGGCAAGGCUACUUUGAUCUACAUGGCCACUGAUGCGCGAUCUCCACGCUCAAACAUUGCCUUUGACCCCAUCUGGAGUCGAUAUCCAUGCACAUUCACAAUGGACGACCUGUUGGUGCCCACGAGUCCGUUUUAUCACGAGCUGGAUGCAGCUGUGGAUGAACGUACCGGAUCCAGUCUCCGUAAGUUCCUGUUGCCACUCGUCGACGCUACUAUUGCCAGUCGCGGAUGGUUCUUUAUUGGCAGCAAAGGCUCGACGUUCUCAGGCUACAUCUACCGUCUGCACGAUGUUUACUGGGCAAAUGCAAAGCUGGGUCAACAACUGCAGUCAUGA